GACGAAGCGCCAGCCGACCGGUAGGAGCCGCCUGCGCAGGGUUCGCACGACGCGACGGGCGCACCUUCCGGGCCUCCAGACGCUGCCCAGCCCUCGACGCGAAAACAUGGUCGAGGCCGACCGCCCGGGGAAGCUUUUCAUCGGUGGUCUCAACCCCGAAACCGAUGAGAAAGCCCUCGAGGCUGCGUUUGGCAAAUAUGGCCGCAUCAUCGAGGUGCUCCUCAUGAAAGACCGAGAAACCAACAAAUCCAGGGGCUUCGCGUUCGUCACCUUCGAGAGCCCGGCGGACGCCAAGGCCGCAGCCAGAGAUAUGAAUGGCAAGUCCCUGGAUGGUAAGGCCAUCAAGGUGGCCCAGGCCACCAAGCCGGCUUAUGACAGCAGCCGGCGGGGCCCGCCGCUGCCCCGCAGCCGCGGUCGCCCGAGGGGCCUGCGCGGGACCCGGGGCGGCGGCGGCGGCCCGCGGCGUCCUCCCUCCCGGGGUGGGCCCGCCGACGACGGCGGCGGCUACGCGGGGGAUUUCGACCUGCGACCCUCCAGGGCCCCGAUGCCGAUGAAGCGGGGGCCGCCUCCGCCGCGCAGGGCCGGGCCGCCGCCCAAGCGGGCCGCGCCGUCGGGCCUGGCUCGCAGCGGUGGCGGCGGAAUGCGCGGGCGCGCCCCGGCCGCGCGUGGGCGCGAUGGCUAUGGGGGCCCUCCGCGCCGGGAGCCGCCGGCCCCGCGCCGCGACCCCUACCUGGGGCCCCGGGAGGAGGGCUACUCGCCGCGCGACAGCUACUCCGGCCGCGACUACCCGAGCGCCCGCGACCCCCGAGAUUUCGCUCCCUCGCCCAGAGAGUACACUUACCGCGACUACGGCCACUCCAGUGUCCGCGACGACUGUCCAUCGAGAGGGUAUGGCGACCGAGACGGCUACGGGGGACGCGACCGUGACUACGCGGAUCAUCCGAGCGGAGGCUCCUACCGAGAUCCCUUCGAGAGCUACGGGGAUCCGCGCGGUGCCGCCCCGGCCCGGGGCCCGCCGCCCUCUUACGGCGGUGGAGGCCGCUACGACGAGUACCGGGGCUGCUCUCCUGACGCCUAUGGCGGAGGCCGCGACAGCUACGGCAGUAGCCGCAGCGACCGCUACUCGCGAGGCCGAGAGCGGGUGGGCCGCCCGGAUCGCGGGCUGCCGCCGUCCAUGGAGAGAGGGUGCCCUCCUCCACGCGACUCCUACAGCCGCUCUGGCCGUAGGGCCCCCAGGGGCGGAGGCCGCCUAGGCAGCGAGAGAGGGGAAGGCCGGAGCAGGUACUGAGUACGUAAGGACUUGGGACAAAACUGUGUUUUGAAAGAAGCCGAAGAGAAGAACCACCUGUUGUGUGAUAGACUACCCAAGGACUAGUACGAGGAAGAGUUAUGAUUAUUAUUAUUAUGAGUA